AUGUAUCUGAAGUCUCGGUUCGCCCGGUCGACCGCGUACGAGGAGGAAAUCCGAAUGAACUGGAAGGUCUUUGCAAUGCAGAAGCCGACGGGGGAUAUUGAGAAAUGGCUCCAAAAGUGGAACUCGCUAAGGGAGCAAGCGAUUAGCCUCGGUAUCAAUGAUGGAGAUGCUAAUAGGGACUUCCUACACGCUGUGAAAGAAGUGCUGCCUAUCUGGUGGCAGGGUAAAUACCAGGAAAUUGUGAUGGAAAAGAAGCCGUAUGACACCCGAGAUCUCCUUGAAUCGUUCCGCACAAUAAAUCGUGAGAUAGGAGUACAAGUGGUAUCAUCAACCACUCCUCCAAAAGGCGCUUUCUCCACCUGGCAAGGGCACCAGGAAGCGAAGCCAGAAGCGAAGCAGGAGAACACACCAGUCGAAAAGAGGAAAUGCCCCUGUGGUAAUACUCAUUCGAAGCAUAAAGUUGCCACUUGCUGGCUUCUAAAUGAAGCCAUUCGGCCAGAAGGAUACGUGCUGAAUGAGAAGAAGCUAGAAAAGGCAAAGCAGAAGUUAGCGAAGGACCAUGCUUGGAAGCAAUGGGUGGAUAAAGUGGUAGCUGAGGCCCAGCAAGCCCAGUUGAAACCAGUCGAGACCGCCAACCAAGUCAGAUUUGCAACAACCAGUCGAAGCCUAAGCAAGCCUAUACAAGUCAGUAGGCAUGUGCUAUCUGUGGCAAAAGCAGGCGAACUCUCUCUUCAAGAUCGAUGGAUUCUUGACACCGGAUCAAACGCGCACGUCUGUAAUAAUCGAGAUCUAUUUAUCGACUUUAGGGCAGAGACGAUGGACCUAACAACUGGGGAUAGCACCACGCAAGUGCUAGGGAGAGGCAAGGUCCGCCUAAUUGGAAGGCACCCGGUGAAAGGAAGGAUGGAGAUCACUUUAAGUGAUGCUCUAUAUUCACCCAGCUUCCACACGAACCUUGUGUCGUAUGCGAUGUUAAAGAAGAAAGGCGGGAUCUGGUGCGAACGUACGAACUGUAUACGGGAUCCAAAUGACCGACCUGUCGUCUGCGUUAACCUAUGGGAUCAAUUUAAUCUCUGGAUCUUUGAUAAACCCGGAGAAAAGGAGCCUCCCCAGCAAGCCUAUGUGACACUGAGAAAGUCAGUGAAGCUACAGGAAUCGAAGGCCUCCUCCGAGAUCUGGCAUCGGCGCCUAGCUCACAUUGAACCACGAACUAUAGCAAAACUUGCUAGCAUGGCGGAAGACGUCGUUCUCGACGAUAAAGGAGAAAAGAAGCAUGAGAACUUCGACUGCUCAAAAUGGUGGAUAUAG